GACAGGCAGAGGAACGAGGUCGGAGGGCAGAGUCCGCGGGAGCGGCGCGGAGGCAAGGCUGCUGCUGGCACCUGGUCUGGGUCAGGAGGAGCCCUGGGGACCCGGCCCGGCGCUCCCAUCCUCAUCCAGCGCGCUCCUCACAGGGGAUGACCCCAGCAAGGUGCCUGCGCCUACGUUCAGUGCGGACCCUGCAGAUUUUCUAUCAGAUGUUCCACCGUAAUAAUGCUGGAAACAAUAUUUCUUGUUUUUCAGGGUAACCCACAUUUGCUUUUGGAACCAUGAAAAUUUUGCUCGUUUUUGACUUUGACAAUACAAUCAUAGAUGAUAAUAGUGACACCUGGAUUGUACAGUGUGCUCCAGAGAAAAAGCUUCCUAUUGAACUACAAGAUUCUUAUGAAAAAGGAUUUUGGACAGAAUUUAUGGGCAGAGUCUUUAAGUAUUUGGGAGAUGAAGGUGUAAGAGAAGAUGAAAUGAAAAGAGCAGUGACAUCAAUGCCUUUCACUCUAGGGAUGGUGGAGCUUUUGAACUUUAUAAGAAAGAACAAGGAUAAAUUUGACUGCAUCAUUAUUUCAGAUUCAAAUUCAGUCUUCAUAGAUUGGGUUUUAGAAGCUACCAGUUUUCAUGAUGUGUUUGAUAAAGUGUUUACAAAUCCAGCAGCUUUUGAUAGCAAUGGUCAUCUCACUGUGGAAAGUUACCAUGCCCAUUCUUGCAACAGGUGCCCCAAAAAUCUUUGCAAAAAUGUAGUUUUGGUAGAAUUUGUAGAUAAACAGUUACAACAGGGAGUGAAUUAUACACGAAUUGUUUAUAUAGGUGAUGGUGGAAACGAUGUCUGUCCAGUAACUUUUUUAAAGAAGAAUGAUGUUGCCAUGCCACGGAAAGGAUAUACUUUACAGAAAACUCUUUCUAGAAUGUCUCAAAAUCUUGAACCUAUGGAAUCAUCUGUUAUAGUUUGGUCUUCAGGUGUCGAAAUAAUUUCUCAUUUACAAUUUCUAAUAAAGGAGUAAUAUGCCAA